AUGUCCGACGCUCCCACUGGCGUGCUGGUUACUGCCACAAAGGUCUCGGUUCCCUUCAAGGCUGAGCUCCUUGACGAGGUCAAGGCUCCCCGCUUCGCCAAGCGUGCGCCCCACCUCGUUGGCAUCCUCUCGACCAAGAAGGAGGAUGCUCGCAACUACGCCGAGUUCACGAAGCGUGCGUGCGAGCAGGUUGGCAUCAACUUUGAGCUGCGCCUCGUCGGCGAUGCGCGUGAGGGCAUGGACGGCGCUGGCGUCUCCAUCGGCGUCGAAGAGGCCAUCCUCGAGGCCAACGAGGAUGACGACGUCGACGGCAUCAUGGUCUACUACCCCAUCUACGGCGACCGGCAAGACCAGUACCUUCAGAGCGUCGUUGACCCAGUCAAGGACGUCGAGGGCCUCAACCACCAGUUCCUCUUCAACCUGUACCACAACGUGCGCUUCAUCUCGCCUGUCACCCUCCGCUCCAUCCCCGCGAGCCACCUUCCCCAGCCCAUCAAGGGCGCCGGCGCCGACCAGCCGCCUCCCGGUACCGUCAAGAGUAUCCUACCUUGCACGCCUCUCGCGAUCGUCAAGGUCUUGGAGAGCAUUGGAGUCUACAACUCGCUCCUGCGGUAUGGUGACCGUGCGCGUGGCAAGGUCGUGACUGUCAUUAACCGCUCUGAAGUGGUGGGCCGCCCGUUGGCCGCGCUCCUGGCCAACGACGGCGCGCGCGUCCUCUCGGUCGACAUUGACUCCGUCGUCGAGUUCUCCAAGCGCCCGUCGGCUGAGACCGCAAAGUCAAAGUACAACCCGCACCACAUCACUUCGCAGAUUGACAUCACCCUUGAGCAGGCGUUGCAGGUGUCCGACGUCGUCAUCUCGGCCGUUCCUUCCGAGGCGUACAAGGUGCCCACGCGCUGGCUCAAGGACGGCUGCGUGUGCGUCAACGUCGCAGGCGAGAAGAACUUUGAGGCCGACGUCCGAGAGCGCGCGUCGAUUUACGUCCCCUCGGUCGGCGUCAUGACCAUCUGCAUGCUGCAGCGCAACCUCCUCCGCCUUUGCCAGUACCAGGACAUGGUCCGCGAGCACUACCGCGUGGCUGCGGGCAACUACUAG